CGACGGUGCGGGACGGCGGGAGCAGCGACGGGGGACACCGGCGGGGAAGGGCCGGCCCCGGGUCCGGUGCGGGAGGGAGGGACAGGCCGGGCCGCACCGGAGCGGCCCCGGUGUGCGGCGGCCGAGCCGCUCCCUCCUUCCCCAGCCCCGGUGCCGCAGCCUCUCCCGGGGCUCCGUCUGUCCCGGUGCGGGGAUGGAGCUGCUGGACGGCGGCAGCAUCUCGCUGUGGACCGUGGUGGGGGCCGUGCAGGCGCUGGAGCGGAGCGUGGCCGCACACGCGUCCCGCCUGCUCAGCCUGGAGCACCGCGCCGGGAACGCCGAGAAGAAGCACCUGGAAUACGAGAAAGGAAUGGGAGAGCUGGGGAACCAGCUGGACAGCAAGUGGACGGCGCUGGGCAACCUCGUCCAGGAGUACGGGCAGCUCCAGCGGCGCCUGGAGAACAUGGAGAACCUGCUGAAGAACAGGAACUUCUGGGUGCUGCGGCUGCCCCCCGGCGGGGGGGUCCCCAAGGCCCCGACCCUGGUGCUGGAAAACGACGCCACUGGCUUUUCGGCUCAGGAGUGGGAGAACCUGGAGGAGUGGCAGAGGGAGCUGUGCAGGAAGGUGCUGGCAGGGAAGAGCCAAGCCCUGGUCCUGCCGGACGAUGCCGUGUCUGAACCUGCCCUCCUGUCCCGGCUCCAGGGAGGGGAAGUGCCCUGCAGUGAGGAUGAGGUGGCUUCCACAGAGAUCCCAGAAGAUCCAGAUACAGGCCCGGACGGUGCCGGACACAACGCCCAGCCCCCGGAGGACGGCGGGGACCGGGACGGGCAUGGGGAUCCCGCGGAGAACGGCGGCGAAGACAGCAUAAUCCAGAUUAAGCAAGAGGAAGAGCUGUGCACUGCAGUUCAGGAGGAGGAGGAGGCUGGAGAAGCUCCUGGAGAGCCCUGCCCAGCAGAGCAAACAUUUUGUGAUCCUGAGGCAUCCAGUCAGGCCAGGAAAGGCAAGGAGGUGGAUGCCAGGGAGCUGCCAGGCGCCGAGGGUGAGGACAUUCCAAGACACCCUGCCACAGGAUUUCAGACUUAUGCAACGGAUGUUUCAUCGUGGAUUAAACGAGAGGAGGAGCCACGCUGCCCUGAGCAGCAGCACUUGGAGAGGGAGGAAAUCUCUGCAGAUCCAAGUACAGAUGAAAACACGAAGAGGGACCCUCCAGCAGAUUGCUUUGAGAGCACCACCUGUGACUCAGGGGCACCAGGAAGGCCAGGAGAAAGGUUUCCCAAGGAUCCCAGCCCCGGAAUGCCGUGGGACGGUCAGUGGAAUUCAGAAAUGAUGGAAACAAACAGCACUGGGAUUGGGAACGGGUACAGCCAAGGGUUUGGUGAGCACUUGGAUUUCUUUAGUGCUCAGGAAAAGAGGCCGUGUGUGUCCAAGUGUGAGAGAAACUCCCUGCAGCAGGACCAGCCCCAGGCUCCACAGGGACAAGGGGAGAUGUUUCCAGGCCCCACGUGUGAGAGGGUGUUCCCUCUGCUGCACCCACAGCUGGGAGAGAAGGGAAUGGGGCCGGGAGCCGCCCCUGCCCCCUGCCCAGGGCCCCGCUCCGAGUGCGGACAGACCCCCAUGGGCACCGCCAGGCUCCGGGACCAGGACCUGGGCGGGGAGGAACCUGCUGAAAACGAGGAGAACUUCCCCAUGGACACCUCUGGAGCCUGCUGGGAUCACCCCCAGGCCCGGGGCAGCCCCAUCCACCAGCAGCAGAGCCAGGGCCGGGGCAAGUCCUACAUUUGCAGCGACUGCGGGAAAAGCUUCGUUUGCCACUCGUGGCUGGUCAGACACCAGACAACCCACACGGGAGAGAGGCCCUACAAGUGCUCCGAGUGUGACAAAACCUACAGGAGGAAGGAUUACCUGCUCAACCACCAGCGGCGGCACACGGGGGAGGGCCUUUUCCAGUGCCCUCUCUGCAGGAAGAGAACAUGGAGGUGCUGCAGAAACCUGGGAAACGAGGAGUUAACGUGCUGCCAGUGUCCCACACACCCAUAACGAGUGGAAUGGGAUCUGCUGGAGAGGGCCAUGUGGAGGUAGGGCAGCACUGCUCCUCCAGCCUCUUCCUCUGGGUCUGGCACAUCCCACCCCAAAGCAGAAGGGAGCUCCCAAGAUGCCCAUGGUUAAAAAGGAAUGACAGGUGUCAGAGGGAUCCAUAAAAACUUACAGUUUUAUUAGCAAAUUCCAUGCUCAGCAUGGGAAUUGCUUUUUUUUUUCCCCCUUACCUUCUAAUAGAGGAAAAGAGGGAAGAGGGAGAUCAGAGAGGAGAGGGAAGGAGAUCACCAGUCCUGGCUGCAGCAUCGGUCUGGCUGACACCACGCUCAGGAUCCCAGGGGUGACCCCAAACCCUGUGUCAUCCUUUUCUAUAGCCAAGUUUUCCCCACCCUGGGGCUUGUUUUCCCACUUCUCAUGGAAAUGAGUGAUCCAGCACAGUCCAUUCCCCUGGAUCCUCCUGGAAAUAAAUCAGGAGGGCUUCAAGGGUCUUGACCCCAUCCAAACUGAUCCACCUUUGGCUGACACUCCGUGCCUGCUCCUUGACCCCACUCCUGUGCCUACACUGUUCCAUGUCAUCUCCAGGAGCCAGAACAAGGGUGUUUGUCCCAGAGAAGUGCUGCCCCACCUCCCUGUGCCCCCUUUUCCCAGGCACAUCCCAUCCCUCCCUGCACAGAGUGUUCUCACCCCCCAGUCCUUGGCUGGCUCCGGGCUAUCGGUGUUUGAGACACACACGCUGGCCCCUUAUCUCCCGGCCUUCCACAGAAUCCAAGCUGAGAAACGUAGGCAUGACCAGCUUGGGACUCUCACUUGCUGCAGCUGAGUGCAGGGAAGGAGAAUUGCUGGAGAAUUUAGACAGGAAAAAGCACAGUAGAGAGAAAUGAGAGCUGAGAGAGGAAACAGAAGGGAGGAAAACAGAUGAUUUAUUGCUGUCAGUGAAAACUGACCAGCUGCAGAAACAGUUACAAGGAAAGGAGAACAAAAAAACCCUCAAAAUUGAAGAAAAAAAAAAAAGGUAGAGAUGAUGCUGAAGAAAUAUCAGAGGGUCCCCCUCUGCAGCCACACCCUGUUUCAGUUUGUCCCCUGUUAUCCGUGUUUGGGACACAGCAGCACAGUAACUCCCUGCUGCCUGGGCUGCUGCACCCCAGUCACUGCCCAGCAAUUCUGGGACCCGCAGCUCCAAGUGGGGCCAAAUCAUCUGGAACUCCAGAAAUUCCCUUUCCUGGCACAGCAGGAAUUUGUUGUUGUGCUACAUUAAUAAUUCUGGAAUCAGGGAGUGCCCGUGCUGCAUUCAGGUUUAAGGUUGGCCCAUUCCUGCUUCUCACCCAUAAAUUAACCUGAGCAGUUUGGCACCUGGAGCAUUUGCUCCAGGGAUUUUAACUCUUUGCCCUCCAGAUCCUACACCAGCAUCCCACUGUUAAUAUUGGAUGUUGUGCUUUCAUGUCUAUUAGAAAUUUUAUUAAUUAUUGAUGAGAACCAACUGGAAUCUGAAUGCCCAGGCCAUGGGUAAGACACCACUUGCUGGAUUUCAGUCUCUCCUGGCUUGUGGCUGUUAAGGAAACUUCCCUGUCUGACCAUCCAGGAGCCACUCUGGAAGUCACAUUCCUGCCUGCUGAGCUGGGACCAGCUCCAGGGAGGCCAUGGAUCCUGCUUGACUCCUCAUCCCACUCACACAGUGCAACCAGGUUUUCCAUAGCAUCCUGGACACAUGGAUCCUUAAAAUAUUUCCUUAAAAUAACUUAAUCCUGAUGCAGGACAACAGCAGUAACAGCUGGAGCUGGUGCCUCCGGGGAGGGACUCCAAACAAAGGGCCCCCCACCCGGGCUUUUAUGCCCUCACAGUCUAAGAUGACAAUCGGGGAUGAUCAGCUCCUGCUGUGUCCCAAUGUCCCUCACUGUGCCCUUUGUUAUGGAAAGGCCGGCAGUUCCCGGGCUCUCGAUCGUUCCCCUCGGCGGUGCCCGGGAUGCUCUUGCAAAUCAGCCCCCAGGAUCCGAUCGGAUGGGGUCGGUUUUGGUGUCCUCCACCUCGAGCUCCAGGAGAUUCAGGGGGAUCACCAUCUUUCCCCGGAUUUCGGGAUCGCCGAGUUUCCACCCCGUUCUUGGGGGCACACGAUUCGCUCUCUGAGCGGUGCAGCUGCAGCAGCCCGGGCCCCAAGGAGUUAAAGCGCUGCUGUGUCCCCAGCACCGAUAAGGAGCGGCACACAACAGGAUGUGGCCGGGAAGGGGGGCACGGGAGAUAGGGCAGCGCUGUUCCCGAGGCCAACCUCCUCCUCCGGGCCCGGAGACACAACAAACCCCGCACUAGGGCGGGCUGGGCAGCUCGGCACGGGGGGAUCGGGACCACCAAACCCCCCCCGACCCAUUUCCAGAAGGGUCCGGGAGGAGGAAUCGCGCACACUCCCUGAUUUGCAUGGGAAGUGGGAAAUCUGAUCCUGGGGCGGGGAAAACUUACCCAUAAAAAGGUGCCCCCACGGCGGCCGGGUGGCAUCGCCAGGACCCUGGACACCUUGGACACCGGGAUCGGCAGUGGAAUCGAACUGGUGAUCUUCCCUGACCUCUCCCUCUCCCCUCCUUUCUUUUACUCUUUUAUUUCUCUUACUACUAAAAGAUGCGGGACUAACUCAUCCCGAUUUCUUAUCCAGUGUGUGAUUUACUAAUCAAAC